AUGUACACAAUCGCUGAUGAGCGACUGUCUUUCAAGAUACCCGAAAGCAUCAAUCCAGCUGAGGCUUCUUCAGUUCCAUUGGCUGCUAAUACAGCAUGGCUUGCUCUCUUCUCGGAAGAUUGCCUUGCACUCAGUUCUGAUAAGACAGGAGAAAAGGCCCCCUUGUUGAUAUGGGGAGGUAACACAACCGUUGGCUAUUUCGCCAUCCAGAUCGCCAAGCUUCACAACAUCGAAGUUGCAACAACCUGCAGCCCUAAAAGCUUCGAUAAGAUGCGACAAGCUGGCGCAAAUCAUGUCUUUGACUACAACGAUGAGGAAGUUGUAUCCAAGAUUAGAUCAGCGGUGCCAAACCUGCAGCAUGUCUUUGAUACAGUUGGCAACGAAACCUCGUCGGCCACUGCAGCCAGGUCCAUCAGUCAACCAGGAGGCGUUCUAUGUACCGUUCGCCCAGGUAAAGCAAACACACAGGACGUUCCUUCUCAUAUCAAGGUCACGGAUGUCUUUGUUUUUACUGCUUUCCCUACAGAGCAUAGCUAUCGAGGCAAAGCGCAUUGGCCUGUGAAAAUGAAUGAUCACAAACUCAGUGCCGAUUUCCAUGCGCAGUUAGAGGCGUUACUAGGAAACGGGUCUCUCAGGCCAUCUCCGGUCCGUCUGAUGGGACAGCUUAGUCCGUCUUCAGUUGAGAAAGCGAUGGAUCUCAACCGCCAGGGUUCUAUCUCGGGCGAGAAGCUUGUCUUUGAAGGCUUUGCAUAG